GAGUGGACCCAGAUGAACUGUGGGAUGAUACAUAUAUUCCACACAAAAAUGAAUACAAACAAAGCGAUGAGAAUCUUCGUAAUGAAAAGAUUGAUCAAGAUGAAAUUGAUGCUUUACUUGAAGAAGCGGAAGAAUUUAUUGAAAACUAUGAUGAUGAACACACCAAAAAUGUCAAAGAACAGGCAGAAGACAGGAGUGUUGCAAGUAUUUAUGAACCAUUGAGACGGAGAAAUGAUGAUGAAAAUUCCGAUCAAGAUCCCAAUCCAAAUGACAAAUAUCAGAAUGAUGAGGAUUUAAAUGAAAAGAUUCAAGAAAUUGAAGAAGACAUUCAAAAAGACAAAGAAGAUGUCGAAUCACUUAACGAUGAAGAGCAAAUUGAAGAAACACGCGAAACAUAUGAGGAAAAUGACGAUUUAAUUGAUUGA